CCAUAGCUCCACUUACACAAAACACAAAACACAAAUCCAAAAAAAUGGAUUCUCCAAUCUCUUGUUCAAUACUUGUUCUUUUCCUUCUACUCUCACCUUCUUGCAUUCUUUCAUUUCCGAUUGUCGACUCCUUUCUCCAAUGUCUGAAACUCAAUUCUGAAGUCAUAAUUCCUUUCUCUAAUUCAUUUUUCACACCAAACAAUUCUUCCUUCUCUUCAGUCUUACAAUCCACCGCUCAGAACCUCCGUUACUUAUUACCUUCCGUUCCUAAACCCCAAUUCAUCUUCACCCCGUUACACGAAACCCAUAUCCAAGCUGCCGUUAUCUGUUCGAAACAGUUGGGUAUCCAUCUUAGGGUCCGUAGUGGCGGUCAUGAUUAUGAAGGUUUAUCCUAUGCAUCACAAAUUGAAAAUCCUUUCAUUAUUAUAGAUCUGUCAAAACUCCGCUCUGUUUACGUUGAUAUUGACGAUAACAGUGCAUGGGUUCAAGCCGGCGCCACCAUCGGCGAAGCAUAUUACAGAAUUGCAGAAAAAAGCAAAACCCACGGCUUUCCGGCCGGACUUUGCACCAGUUUAGGAAUCGGUGGUCAUAUUACCGGCGGCGCAUAUGGUCCAAUGAUGCGGAAGUACGGCCUUGGUGCCGAUAAUGUAAUUGAUGCUCAUAUUGUUGAUGUUAAUGGUAGACUGCUCGAUCGUCAAGCUAUGGGGGAAAAUCUAUUUUGGGCAAUUAGAGGCGGCGCUGGGGGUAGUUUUGGAAUUAUCGUUUCUUGGAAACUAAAAUUAGUUCCUGUUCCCUCUACGGUAACAGUUUUUACAGUUACAAAAACUUUAGAACAACACGGUACUAAAAUUCUUCACCGAUGGACUGAGGUCGCUGAUAAGCUUGACGAAGAUCUUUUUAUUAGAGUUCUAAUCUCACCGGCUAAUGUUGGUAAUACUACUGUACGAACUGUAUCAACUUCUUAUCAAGCCUUGUUUCUUGGCGAUGUUAACAGACUUCUCCAUGUUAUGCAAAGUGGUUUUCCUGAAUUGGGUUUAACCAGAAACGAUUGUACUGAAACAAGUUGGAUCAAAUCGGUUUUAUAUAUAGCGGGUUACCCGAGUACUACUGCACCUGAAGUUUUACUGCAGGGUAAAUCUUUAUUUAAAAAUUACUUCAAAGCAAAAUCAGAUUUUAUUAAAGAACCUAUUCCUGAAACUGGACUAGAAGGUCUCUGGAAAAGAUUCUUGGAAGAGGAAAAUCCAUUCAUGAUUUGGAAUGCUUUUGGAGGAAUGAUGAGCAAGAUUUCAGAAUCUGAAAUUCCAUUUCCUCAUAGAAAGGGGAAUUUGUUCAUGGUUCAGUAUCUGACAAGUUGGCAAGAUGGAGAAAAGAGUGAAGCCAAGCAUAUGGAUUGGAUAAGAAAGCUUUACAAUUAUAUGGCCCCUUAUGCUUCAAUGUUUCCGAGAACUGCUUAUGUUAAUUACAGGGAUCUUGAUUUGGGUGUGAACAAGAAGAGUAAUUUUAGCUUUUUAGAAGCUACUUCUUGGGGUAGCAAGUAUUUUAAGGAUAAUUUUAAUAGACUGGUGCAAGUGAAGACUAAGGUUGAUCCUGAUAAUUUUUUCAGGCAUGAACAGAGCAUUCCACCUCUUCCUGUUUCUUUGAGAAGAAAAAGAAAGGGAAGAGGAGGAGUUAAAGACUAGAUUUAUAUGGUGUUUGGGUUUAAUUUAAAGACGAAACAAUAAUUUUUAUACAAAUAUAUUUUAUCUCAUUAUGGUCUAAUGUAUUGUUGAAAAGUUUAUGUAAGAAUUCUGUUUGACAAAAUAUUCUGAUUUUGCUUUACUUUGAUGUAAGGAUUUCUGUA